UCAGUAAUACUGUAAAAAUAACAAAAAAUAGCUGUUUUGUCCCAGCCAAGGGUACUUGAUCACCAGGUUACUAAAUGGCUACCACUAAUGGGGUAUGUGUGAGUAUUGACUGGGAUGGUUAUAACCUGUUAAAACCAGGGGCUGUUUAAACGUCCAACCCCGAUUUGAAGAUUUGUAUAAUUUUUAAAACAGGUGUAUAACUUGAUUCUUGUAUCUUUCAUUAGGAGUGAUGGUAAUUUAACACUAAGCUUCGAUGGUGCAUGGCAGAAAAGGGAAACCGGGCGUUCCUAUAACGGUCUUACAUAUAUUUUAUCCUCUUUAACCUCAACCAUAACUUAUGAAUGCUUAGUACUAGGGCUUUGACAUUUCACAAGAGUGUUCCUUGUUUCAAAACCUUUCAAUUGGUAUUAAAUGUUUGGACAUUGGUGUUUUACUGCAUUUUCUUACAUUUCCUCUUUGUUGGAAUACGGGGGGCAUCAGUGUUUCACAAACACAUCUUAUUAUCUACUAUUGAUAAUGAUUUUUUUUUCAUUGGUGUAGGACAUAUUUUUUUAUUGAUUGAUUGGCGAGAAGACGAAGAAAUGUUUGGGAUACUCUGUGAAGUCUAAGAAAUGUAGAAUAUGCGACUCUGCAAAGCAGAAAAAUGUUCCUGUUCGGAAGCACAAUUGCUCACAAAAUUGGUCAGGAUCUGCAAAGGCCAUGGAGCCAGCAAUGGCAUGUGAGAUGGUGCAAAACAUAAUGGAUCAGGGUCAAAAGAGACGCUAGUUAUGGAUAAUGAUUCGACGACCAUAGCCAGAUUGAGGACAACAGUAAUCUUGAUGUCUGGAUCAGACAUCAAGAAAAAAGCGGAUAGCAACCACACGAAAAAAGGAUUUACCGGAAGCCUUCUUGAAAUGAGCAGUAUUAAUAAAGUAUUAAAAAAUGUCAAAGUGAGAGCUCACGUAGAAAGAUGUUUUAUGUAUUGUGUUCGACAGGCAGCUGAAAACUCUGAAAAAUUGGCCAGUGACUUGAAGAAAAUUGUUCAACAUUUAUAUGGUGACCAUUCCACGUGUGGCACAUGGUGCAAAAGUGAGAGUAUUGAUUACAAGCCAAAUAAUUUACCAUAUGGUAAACCUUUAACAAGUGAGCCUUUAAGAUUAGACCUAGAGAAACUGUUUCAAAAGUAUGCUGGGAAGGCAAGCGAAUUGGUGUUCAUGGGAUCGACUCAAGUCAAUAAAAAAAUUAACCACGAGUUUCCAGCAAGGCACCUAAAAGAUUGUGAAUAACAGAUUGUCGAUGUCUCCUGGGAGAUAUACCAUCAAACGUUCCAGGAUUCUACAAAAUAAACUC